ACAGGUGUGUUAUCUCGUAGCGAUUCUCCAAACUUCCGAUCCUUUUCCGUCUUCUUGCUGGUUUUUCUUGAUACGUUGUGUCCAAUAAUAACAACAAGCGAGUUAAUAGUUGUUGUUGUGUACACGAUAUUGAUAAAGCAACGGGUGGGAUUAUUUAGGUCAAUCAUGAGGGAUCGUGUCUCUCUCGACCGAAGCGUUGCAGUGAUUCAUGAGUGUGCCUGAUGAAAGACGGACAACUUUUGAAGAAGUAGGGGAGAAUUUCAUAAUUGAAUUUAUUCUGUAUUGUCGAGUUCCGAGGCCGAUUUUAUUUCGUCGUUCCGAAGAUGAGGAUAAACGAUUUUUCUUGGAUUUAUUUCGUCCGAGAAAGAAUUGAUUCGCACUUAUAUACACGUCAUGCUUGCUGUAGAUGACACGGAUUUCUCUCGCGAAUGAGAUUACUGUUGUUUCGUCAAACCGCUGUCGCGCACACAAUCAAAUUAUCCAUGCCUUCGCGCAACAUUGUCGUCGUCCUUCGGACGACGUCUUACGGACCGUAUCGUCCUUUCUUCUUCUCUCUCGUUCUCUCGCGUUGUCGCGCGAGAUUUCACGAAAUGAACACCGCUGAACAGCUGCUGUUUUUGCUCGAGGCUAGUGUUAUCUCCGUGAGAAUAGAGAAAAGGGAUGCAUGAUAGGAGGUGAUGGUGCAGCAGUGCGGUGUAAACUUAAUCACACUAGCGUGUAGAGUAAAGACAUGGGCGCACAAGCUGGGCUUCGAAUUGUCGCAGUUGGGCAAGUACGUGACGAACGUGGAGAAGUUCCACGAAAGUUACAAACAGGCGGAUGUGACAGUACGUGACGGAAAAUCCCUCGUCCGUGAGAUCGCUAAGGACAUCAAGGCCAUGAUGGAAUCCAAGAUCUCAGCUAUCAAGAGGAUAAUGGACGUGGCCGAGACAUCGGCGCUGUCGGCACCCGACAUGGACCCGCCGUCUACCUUCGAGUUUAUCAACGCGAAAAACAACACCAUCGAAUUCGAGUACAGUUGCCAUUUCGGCGGCAACGUAAAUGUAAACAUGUCCGCGGUGCAUGUGCCCACCAAUGUGUACGAGGGCGCCUCGAACGUCAUUCGGGCGAUCAAAUGGUCCCAGGCCCUCGAUCGCACCUUCAUCAACAAUUACGAGCAAGACCCGUCAUUGUCGUGGCAGUACUUUGGCAGCGCGACCGGCUUCAUGCGCCAAUAUCCCGCCAUGAAUUGGUACAUGGAGCCUGUGGAUCUGUUUGACUGCAGAACCAGAAGCUGGUACAUCGAGGCGGCGACUAGUCCCAAGGAUAUUCUCAUCCUGAUGGACACUUCCGGCAGCAUGACCGGUAUACGCCGGGAGAUCGCUAGGCACGUGAUCAACAAUAUCCUCGAUACACUCGGCAAUAACGACUUCGUCAAUAUCAUCACCUUCUCCAAUGUGACCAAGGAGGUGGUGCCGUGUUUCAAUGACACCCUGGUUCAAGCGAAUUUGGCAAACGUACGCGAGCUGAAGAGGGCCAUUGCGAACCUCGAAACAGAGAGGAUCGCCAACUUUUCCCUGGCUCUUACUACCGCCUUCGAGCUGCUCGAGUCGUUCCGCGCCGAGAAAGAGGGUGCCAGAUGCAAUCAAGCGAUCAUGCUGAUCACCGACGGAGUCCCGUACAAUUAUAAAGAGAUCUUUGAGGCGUACAAUUGGAAGGACAACCCGGACGAGCCUCUGAAAGCCGAUAUGCCCGUCAGGAUAUUCACCUAUCUGAUCGGCCGUGAGGUCGCCGAUGUGCGGGAAGUACAGUGGAUGGCCUGCGCCAACAGAGGUUACUUCGUACAUCUGUGCACCCCGGCGGAAGUCAGAGAGGAGGUGUUAAAAUACGUGCCGGUGAUGGCGAGACCUCUGGUUUUGGGCCGCACGGAUCAUCCUACCAUCUGGACGCCCGUUUACGCCGAUGUGACCGAUCCGAAGAUGACCGACUGGCUGUGGGAAGAGCGUGAGAGCGAUAAGCAGGAGUACCGUUUUCUGCACCAGUACGAAAAGAAGUUGAACACGGAGGAACAGGACCGACGAUUCGUGAAGAAGCCGAAGAGACGGCACGACCAGAGCAAUGAUUUGCAGAAGUACAAACUGAUGACUUCGGUCAGCAUGCCAGUGUUCGACCGACGCGAGAACGCGAACAUCACAAGGCAGGUGCUGGUGAACGAAGCGUACUGGGUGACAGAGACAAGAGAGACGAGGAUCGCCGAUCUUCUCGGCGUCGCCGGCACGGACGUACCAAUCGAGGAGAUUCAGAAGCUAAUGAUCCCGCACAUGCUCGGCGUCAACGGCUACGCUUUCAUCGUUACGAACAAUGGUUUCAUCUUGAUUCAUCCCGAUCUUCGACCAGUGUUCCAGGGUAUCUUGAAACCUGCUUAUAACAGCGUUGACAUGGCGGAGGUUGAAUUAAUGGACCACGACAAAGGCCCCAGAGAAUUCGAUGAGGGAAUAAUUAUGUUUCGUAACAACGUGGUGAAUCAGUUGGAUGGUUCUGUGAUGCUUCAUACGAAGUAUCAUUACGACGAUAUGAAACGCGUUGGCAGAGUGAAAAGAAAAUAUGACUAUACUCCGAUAAAGGACACUCCAUUCACGGUGGUGGUUAGUUUGCCUCAGUACGAUCACAACACGAACAAUCGUGUUAGUGCUACUGAGGAGAUACAUCGAUCUCACGUUAAAGGCAAAAACGUGACAGAUUACUUCGCGGGUAGUAACUGGCGGGUGCACCCUCAUUGGAUGUACUGCAAAUACCACUACGAGGGUGAACACAGGUUCAACACCUCGGAGAUUCAGCUCCUGCACUUUCUGGAGCGUACCCGUCAGCCAGGCUGGAAGUGGAUCGACAUGAAGCAACGAUCCCAACCGCCGGAAUACUCCGCUACAAGCUCUGGUCACAGUUCGCAUCCUAAUCCUUACAAGGCCGACAGAAACUCAUACUAUUGCGACAGGUAUCUGCUGCUCAGUUUGGUAUUUGACGCUAAGGUAACCGAAUGGUUUGCAAAUCCCAGCACCACCCGCGAGGAAACGGGACCUUUAGCUAGGCUGAUGAAUCUGCUGCCCAGGAAGGAGUUCCAACAACGUUUCGGAGUGACCUUGGCAUUCAUGGCCACGCACAGCGGUUUGACCCGGUGGCAAGACUUUCCACUGGACGAGGAUACGCCCUUGCCGGAGGCUCACUUCAGCGAACUACACUCGAAAGCUGUCGACGAAGUGUGGUACAAACGAGCGGUUGAGCAGUACUACGUGCAGCCGGAAAGCUUCGUCUUCUCCGUGCCGAUCGACGACGAGGGUGCCGACAACACUACUUUGGUCACUGCCAGUCGUGCCAUAUUUAUCGCAUCGUCUACAGGAAAAGGCAUGAAGGCGCCAGCCGCGGUGGUUGGCUUCCAAUUUCAGCACACUGCCUUGCAAGCGCUUUUCCAGAACAUAACGUUCAACUGCGAGACACUUACGAAUUGUCACAAGCACUGCGGUGAUGAGGGCUGGGCCUGCUAUCUGAUCGACAACAACGGAUACAUAAUCGCCGCCGAGGACGAGACGGAUGCCGGGAAAUUCUUUGGUAAAGUGAGAGGCCCGAUAAUGAGCAGUCUGGUGAAGGAAGGCGUCUUCGAGAGAAUAAGGAUCUUCGAUUAUCAGGCGGUGUGCUCCAAAGUCAUACAGACCAAGAACGCCGGCAAUAUCCUGCUGACGCCAUGGAAGCAUCUGCAGAGAGCAAUGUCGUGGGCGUUCGGACAAGCUGCUUGGGCUUGGGCAAAGACGGGCAUAUGGGAAUCCGAUUUUGCGGAAGCUUACGCAUACCCUAACGACGAGGAGGUUCAUGUCGUCCGCGACGAUUAUCACGAGAAUAAGGAGAAGACGUCGGCUGAUUCGAAGGAUGAAAGAUCGUUCGAAGAGGUCCUGAUCAACCGAACACGCUUGGAAGUGUGCGACCAAGAGGUGUACCUGUACCUGCGUAACGCUUCGUUCGACACGUACGACGUCGACGUGGACGAGAACUGCAUGCGUCCAUACGUGGUCCAACCGGUGAACUUUAGUAACAUGCUGCUGGUGGUGGUAAGGACUGACUGCGGCGACACGAUGUCGCCGUCGCUCAGCAUCGUGCCCGAAGAGGUGGUCUACGAGAACAAUACUCUGGUUUGUCAGAAGGCGCUCACCAGCCUCAAGCGGAAGCGACCGCAAUCCUGCAUACGCUCGCAUCCCAGGGAGAGCGAGAUCAAGGAUCAGUGCGGUCGCGCGACGAACGCCAGAUUGAGCCUGCGCCUGUUGCUGACGCUGCUGUUGCUAACGCGCGCGUUGGCCGGACGGAAUGCCGGCUAAAGACCUCUACUGGUCAAGCCAACGAUCUACGGCGCGUCGCGCGGUCAACCCGCGCUGAGUUAAGUUCAAGCCGUACCAAGCCGCGAAUCGGACGGGGACUGUUUUCGCAUCGUAUGAAAACGCUAUUGGCAACAAGCCGGAUACCAUCGGACUCGUGCACCUCUUCCAUCCGUACCAUCCACUUCCCGCUUCACCGCUCCAUCCACGAACGUCUCUCGUCCGGUGAUUAGGGUCGCGGCAUGCGUCGCACAAAUUCGACUCGGUUCGACUUCUCCCUCUCUCUCCCUCUCUCCCUCUCUCUCUCUCUCUCUCUCUCUCUCUCUCUCUCUCUCUCUCUCUCUCGUUCGACUUCUCUUCUUCCUUCUUCCGUGUUUCUGCGAACUCAAGAGCUUGUCGCUCUUAUUUCAGGCGACAAACUGCUUUUUCAUUACCUUCGCGGACAACUGUUUCAAGUUUCGAUGCCUUUCCUCCUGAGAAGCGGGGGGAAGCCAUCAUCGUGAAUGAGCGAAUCAAGAGAAUCGUGCCGUCGCGUCGCGUCGGGCGCCAGUUACGUACGAUGCGUCCUCAAUUGAGAAUCGAAGCGUCCUCUCAUUUGGAAGGUGGUAAAUUAACGAUAAUUCAAUUCGAUUUCGCGAAAUCGCUUUAAUGCCUCUUUUCUAUUAUUUGUAUUAUACAUCUUUCUCUAUAAAUAUGACACUUCACGCGAAGUACAUAAUAACGAGACAUCUGUAAAUACUGCGAAUUUACCGUUUCGUCGCGGUGUUCCUACUCGCCGUUGUCAAUUUUUCAACUUGGUGACGUCUCCCUCGCGAUGUGGGGAGAGGGGCGAGACACAUGUCGCAACCCUGAUCGCGGACGUUUCGACACAUAUUUACGCGCUCCUCUACCUCUCGUUAUCCGCGGUCAGGCUGUAAAAUCCUGAUGCAAUAGAGUUGCUCUCUCUCUCUCUCUCUCUCUCUCUCUCUCUCUCUCUCUCUCUCUCUCUCUC